CUAUAACAAACAGUGUGCGGUGUGUAUUUGUAUGCGUCUCUUAAAAAUUGCAGAAAUUGUUUAUAAUUUUUUGUGACGUUUUAGUGUCAUUCGAUGAUCAUUUCAACGAUGCAAAUUCUUGUGGAAAAUUCGUGAAAGCUUGGAAAUCGCCAUUUUGGAAGAGUGCCAGUACUAAGUGGACACCCUAUGUUCCAGACUGUCCAAGAUGGAGAUGUGCAACGGUCGCGAGUCAAGCACCGCGAGCAGCAUCGAUGGAGGUGACACGUUGGAACACUUCGAGGAAGAGGUGGACACUCUCCAAUACAUCACCCACAGCCCACCGAUCAAUCUUCCGCCCGAAAUGCCCUUUAGAAGAAGUCUAUUCCCACACGUGGGCCCCUACAUCGCCUUUCAAUCGUUCGACUGCGAGGGCCCGAUGGUCCCCGGUGAAAUAACGAAACACUUAAAAUGGCGUCUGAGUACCAUAACUCCUCUGAUCGUACGUCGAACGCUAGUAAACUCCGGUUUCCGUUUAAUGAAAAAGUCUCAGGAAUGGUGCGGGACCUGGGGCAAACACAUGAAAUCCGUCGGCUUCCGAGCCCUUAAAGAGUCACAGAAGAUCAACCAUUUCCCAGGCACCUUCCAAAUAGGUCGCAAGGACCGGCUCUGGCGCAAUUUAAGCAGAAUGAUGGCGAAAUACGGCAAAAAGGAGUUCAGUUUCGUUCCAAAGACUUAUGUUCUGCCUCAGGAUCUUCGGUGUUUCAAGCAGGUGUGGGAGAAGUGCGGGAGCAGGGAGAAGUGGAUCGUAAAGCCGCCUGCAUCGGCCAGGGGAACAGGUAUCAAGGUCGUGCACCGCUGGUCGCAGAUACCAAAGAAACGAGCUGUAGUGGUGCAACAAUAUUUGUCCAGGCCGAAACUGAUCAGCGGUGCAAAGUUUGAUUUGAGAUUAUACGUCCUGGUGACUAGUUUCAAUCCAUUGAGAAUAUACAUUUACCCGGAUGGUUUAGUAAGAUUCGCCUCGGUCAAGUAUAGCGACGACAUUAACUACCUCAGCGACAGAUUCAUGCACCUGACCAACUACAGUAUCAACAAAACGAAUUCUACUUAUACCAGCAACGAUUGCGUUGACUCUUGUUCAGGGCACAAAUGGACACUCAAGACUUUGUGGGCGUAUUUGGAGAGGGAGCACGUGAACGUGAAGAGAUUGUGGGAGGCCAUGAAGGACAUCGUCGUUAAGACUAUGAUCGCUGGGGAGUCUUCUAUUAAUAGUCUCUCGAAGGCUAACAGGUCUUCUAGGUAUUGUUGUUACGAGCUUUUUGGCGUCGAUAUUCUUCUGGAUGAGAACUUAAAACCUUGGUUGUUGGAGGUUAAUAUAUCACCGUCCCUGCAGUCAUCGUCGCCAUUGGAUAUCGCUAUUAAGGGGCCUUUGAUUAAAAAUGUAUUCAAUAUGGCGGGAUACCAACUUCCGGAUACCUUGACGUCGGAGGAAGAAGAGAGGCUGGCGGAAAUGUAUAGAUUGGAUGUUGUGUGUCAGGAUUUUAGGCUACAUACUACUAAUUUGAGCUCCAAAGAGAUCAGGAAGCAGGAUUUGUAUGCCAACCUAAGGGACAGGGAUGAGUAUCUUGAGGAAAUUAUCGAAGAUCUCACGCCCGAUGAUGUUAGACAUUUUGUGAUUUAUGAGGACGAGUUAACGCAAAUUGAUAAAUUUGAGAAGAUCUUUCCUACAAGCGAAAGUCACGAGUAUCUUCAGUUUUUUGAAGUUCCGAGGUAUUAUAAUAUGUUGUUCGAUGCGUGGGAGGUUAAGUACGGAGAUGAUAGAGCAAAAGGUAUAUCUAGACUGCAAAAACUUUGUCGAAAAAAAUAUCAUUUGGAACAACAAUUGGAGUUUUAAAAAGUUGGGAUAUUGAAAUUUUGGAAAACUCGAGACCAGUUUCGAGGUUUUUAUAUACAUGCUAUACAAUACCUUGUUAUAUGUGACUCAUGUGACUUUUACAU